AUGGCGCAGAUAAUUCGAGAGGCCCCGGUAGGCCAACUGAUCCGUUUUGUCACUCGCAACAAGUUCCUCCAAUACCCCGAGGAGAGGCCCGAUUUCCAACUCCCGCAGCCAUGGCUUGACGUCCUUAACUCGGAAAAGGAGGGCUUGGCGGUCGAGGACGCAGAUCUGGCGUCGCCAAGAUCCUCCCAGUCGACCCGCAUCAACGAGGAAAAAACGCUGUCCCGGAAGGAGGUCGAGGAUGCGUCCCCGUACGGGGUCUCCCUCCAGCGGACGCGGAGCAGACAAGAGUCGGUUUCUUACACGCAGGACCGGCUCGAAAUCGAUGAGAUUCAUGAGAUCCAGAAGAUGCAAAGCAUACCCAUCGUUCCAAAGAAGACCAAGGAUGGGGCCAUCCUGGUGGAUUGGUACUUUAGCGACGACGUCGAUAACCCACAGAACUGGUCCAACGCGAAGCGUGGCCUCAUCACCGUCAUCAUAUGCAUCUACACGUUCGUCGUCUACAUGUCCUCGGCCAUCUACAUGCCUUCCAUCGAGGGUGUCAUCCACGAAUUCGGCGUUGACAUGACCGAAGCCUCGUUGGGCCUGGCCCUUUUCGUCCUGGGCUACGGCAUCGGUCCGUUGCUGUUUUCUCCUCUCUCCGAGAUUCCCCGCAUCGGCCGGAAUCCCAUCUACAUUGUCACCAUGCUCCUUUUCGUCAUCGUUUCCAUCCCGGCUCCAUUGGUUGACAAUUACCCCGGAUUGAUGGUCCUUCGCUUCCUGCAAGGCCUAUUCGGAUCCCCUUGCCUUGCAUCGGGUGCCGCAUCCCUUGGAGACAUGUAUAGCUUGCUGAAUCUUCCUUAUGCUCUGAUUGCCUGGGUCUCUGCUGCCUACUGCGGGCCCGCAAUCUCUCCGGUCUUGUCCGGGUUCUCUGUUCCCGCCAUGGGAUGGCGCUGGUCACUUUGGGAGGUUCUUUGGGCAUCGGCGCCCGUCUUCCUCGUCAUGUUCCUCUUCCUCCCAGAGACCUCGACACCCAACAUUCUCCUCCGCCGUGCCGAGCGCCUCCGGAAGCUGACAGGCAGCAACCGCUUCAUGUCGCAGUCCGAAAUCGACCAGCGCAAUCUUAAAACAUCGGCCGUCGUCAUCGACGCAUUGAUCAAGCCGCUUGAGAUCACGAUCAAGGACCCCGCUAUCCUCUUCGUGCAGGUAUACACCGCCAUCAUCUACGGCAUCUACUACUCCUUCUUCGAGGUGUUCCCCCUGGUCUACCCGGUCUACUACGGCAUGAGCAUCGGCCAAGUCGGCCUCGUCUUCCUUUGCAUCCUCGUCGCCUGUCUCAUUGGCGUGGGCAUGUACAUCUCGUACCUGGCCUUCUACAUGAUCCCGCGCAUCAAGAAAUACGGCUUCCCGGCCCAGGAGAACCGCCUCGUGCCCGCCCUCCCGGCAUCCUUCGGCCCUACCAUCGGGCUCUUCAUCUUCGCUUGGACGGCGUCCCCGGCGAUCCACUGGAUCGCCCCGACCAUUGGCAUCACCGUGUACGGCGCUACUGUCUUCAUCGUUAUGCAGUGCAUCUUCGUCUACGUCCCGCUCUCUUACCCCCAGUACGCCGCCAGUCUAUUUGCGGGCAACGACUUUUUCCGCUCGGCGUUUGCGUUCGCUAGCAUCCUGUUCGCGCGGCCGAUGUACCUCAACAUGGGCGUUGCGCGCGGCACGAGCUUGUUGGGUGGGCUAAGCACGAUCGGUAUCAUUGGGAUCUGGCUGCUCUACUUCUACGGCGCCAGGCUGAGGUCGCUGAGCAAGUUUGCGGUGUCAUCCGAAUGA